CGUGGCAUGUGAUUGCAGGCCUCUCCCAGUCCUCAUGCAGACAGCUGCUGUUCUGAUGACAGUGCGCAUACGGACCCCUCUGAGUCAUUUAAACUUUAAAGGUCCUCUAGAAGCGGAUGCGAGUGUGUGAGAGUCACCCCUUCAGUCUCUCUUAGUCGCUUCUCCAAAAGAUCUGGCGGCUUGAAACAACCAGACAAUCUCUUAAUUCCUUCCAAGUUUUCCAGAAAUCCUGAGGCCUUUUAUUAGGGUCAGAAUGGGAGCAUUUAUUGCCAAGAUGCUGCUGCCUACCAUCAGCAGUUUGGUGUUCAUCCCUGCAGCCAGUGUGGCCGCCAAGAGGGGUUUCCAUAUGGAGGCCAUGGUCUAUUUCUUCACAAUGUUCUUCACAGCGAUUUACCAUGCAUGUGAUGGUCCAGGCUUGUCCAUUCUCUGUUUUAUGAAGUAUGAGAUCCUGGAGUACUUCACCGUGUACGGCACAGCUAUCUCCAUGUGGGUCACACUACUAGCGCUGGGAGAUUUCGAUGAACCCAAGCGCUCUUCGCUCACCAUGUUUGGGGUGUUGACAUCGGCUGUGAGAAUCUACCAGGACCGCUUAGGCUACGGCAUCUACUCCGGCCCCAUUGGAACAGCUGUCUUCAUGAUAACAGUCAAAUGGUUACAAAAAAUGAAGGAAAAGAAAGGACUUUAUCCAGACAAAAGUGUUUACACUCAACAAGUGGGGCCAGGGUUCUGCUUUGGCGCUCUUGCUUUGAUGCUUCGCUUCUAUUUUGAGGAGUGGGACUAUGCUUAUGUCCACAGUUUCUACCAUGUGUCGCUGGCUGUGUCCUUCAUUCUGCUGCUGCCCAAUAAGAACCGCUAUGCCGGGACGGGGCACAACGCAGCCAAACUCAACUGCUACACCCUCUUCUGCUGUCAGACUUCACAACCUCAGAUGAAGGAAAAAGCACGGACUAUCUGGACUACUCCUCAGAAACCCUGGAUGCGGACCUGUAGUCCUGGCCUGCCACUACACAAAUCUCCGCCACGCACCAUGUAAUGCCUGAAACUGUGUUUGUUAGCAGCAAAGUGAAAGUGAGGACAGUUAUAUGACCUCCCAGCAGGCCAAGUAUGCCUUGGACAACUUAGGGAUAGCAUGAUGCCAGCUUGACAUCAGAAUCAAACAGGUACUAAAACAUGUGUUUAAUGACUAGUGACAUGAUAAGGACUGUGACAGUUCACCUGAAAAGAAAAGAGCAAGACAAAGACUGGAUUCCGACAAAUCCAACUGGAAAGUUUUAUCAGUCACAAAAAAAAAGAACACAGCAGAAGCAUUAUCUAUCCAAAAUGAAUAAACUGUCUAUCAGAGGUUCCUCAGUAGGAACCACUUGUCCACGUCCAUUUAAGAGACUGUAAAAGAGGCCAUUUAAUUCUUUAUAUUCAUCUGUUUGUGCCAGAACCAAACUCUAAACUAAACCUACUAUAUGAAGAAGGCACGUCCUGAUUUUGCCAAAUCCGAUGUGUUCCUAGGUCAACAUAUUUUGUUGACCCUGGAACAACAUUUUACUCCAAAAAUAUAUUCUUAACCAUAUCCCUACACCUAAACCUAACCUUAACCAUGAGUAAUCCCUAAAAUCAGAGGAAAUGAUAGAUGAAUGACACUGAUGUACAAGCACCAAACACUGAUUUUAAGCAUAAACUUCACAAAAUCUAUAAACUUGUUCUUCAAAUCUGAUUGGUUAAUCACAAUGUUGUUCCAGGGUCAACAACGAUGUUGUCCCAGGAACAUGUCUCACUUGGUAAAAUCAGGUUAGGCAUGAAGAAGCAAACAAAUGGUCUGAUAGCAGCAGAAUGAGGGAGGUCACAUUUUCAAGUAAAUCGGGAGACUUUUUCAAUUUGUUUUUAUGUAAAUAUAUUUAUUUCUUACAGUUUAGUUUUAUGUAUUAAUUGACAUUUUUCAUUUUUAAAUAAAAUGAUUUUUUUUCAUGAUUUAUUGUAGUAUUCAUUUUCAACACACUCUGUUUGUGUAUAUUCAAGGAAAAUUAACUGUUAUAUUACAACGGUGAAAGAAUUGUGUGGCUUUGUUAAAACUUCAUUGAAUUAUAGACUUCAGUCCAUUUAAGUCAGUCCAUCUGCACACUCGUAACACACACGACAUGUUAUAGACAAAACAGUCUCUCAGCAAAUGUGAAUGAAUUUUUGGUCUGCAAUGACUUCUUUGACUAGAGGUUAGUCAAUGUUUAAUUUAGAUUAUGUUCUAAUAAAGUUGGGAAUAUACUCUUGGAAA